AUGGGAUUGGUCAAGUCAAAAUACCUUUGGAAAGGACUUCAUAUAGACUUUAUCUAUUUCCCCACUGAGCUCUCGGCAGCCUUACGCCGAGAUACUGUACAUAUUCUCCGGGCGACGGCCGCACGACAUCUCCGCCGUCACCAAUCGAUCAUAGAUUUAAUUAACUUAGUUAGUCCUCGUGCCGUACGGUCCGGAACCAUUUUUAACCGUAAUGUGGCUGAGAACUAUGUGCAUGAACUGAAUGAGGUGGAUAAUGGAUCGACCGAUCGAUCGAUCGAUCGAUCGAUCGCCCCCCGGACGGGAUCUAUCCGUCUUCCCGUCCUGCAAGAUCUGUCCGUCCGUCUGACCCUGGCAGGGCAGGCAUGCAUGCAUGAUCUCGGAAAGUAUAAAGGGUUGCCUGAUCUGGUGACCUACAGUAGUUGUCUAUUUUAUUGGUUGAUUAUUGCCUAUCUAGAAGAAUGUGAUAUGUCCAGCAGAGAGGCAGAUAGGCGGGAAUACCGCCAACCGUUUAUUUAUUUAGGUAGCCUAUCUAAGGCAAGAUUGGGAGGUACCUACCUCCUUUCUUGGAUACUGUCGCUUUAA